CCCUAUCAGCUGUUAGUGUGGCACUCCAGUGUUUUCUUCACUCGGUCUGAAUUAGGGUCCAAAAACAUUUGCCAAUAAUCUAGUUAGCUGCCUGAAAGGAGAAGCCCCAAUCUGCAAGGACUAAGGCUUAAAUGGUUGCACCGCGAUUAAAUGCAAGGACACGCAGUUAGCAAGUAACAUGGAGGCCGCAUCACCGAGGGAAACCCAGAAGAACACGAAUCCAAUCGAGUCUUUAAGCAAAGAUGAAAUCAUCGGCAAAUAUAAAGGCCUGCUGAACAUUGCCAAGAAGGCAAAGCAGGCGAAGGAUGAACUCACCGAGGAGAAUCACCGCCUCAAGGAGGCCCUAAAAAGGGCGGCGGAGAAGCAGAGCAGCCUGCCGGCCAUGCAGGAGAUGGUCCAGGACUUUACCGACAAGAACCUCAUACUCACCGAGCAGGUGAACUCGCUGAAGCGCAAGACCAAGGAGGAUGCCGACCGCCUGGCGCAAUUCGAGAUCGAGAACGAGAGCCUGAAGCGCCAGCUUGGGCGGCUGAGUGACGAGAACGAUGUCCUGCUGGCCGAUGUGGAUCGCAUGGAGAAGGCCAUGCAACAGGUCAACGCUUUGGGCAACGAGCAGCGCAAGAAUCUGGAACUUCUAGAGGUCGACAUUGCCAAGAUCAAGGAGGCGGAGGCGGAAAACGCCAAUCUCCGCCAGCAACUGGUCGCCGUGGCCGAGGAAUCGACGCUGAUGCAGCAGAAGUACCAGGGCAUCAAGGAAAUCAACUCUGAGCAGCGCAAGAAGUUUAACUCGCUGAAGGAUCGCUUCAUCGACGUCCACCGCAAGCUGAAGAACCUCAAGGAGUGCAAGUGCGUGCUUCUGGAGACGCAGCACGAGUAUGCCGCCUCCGUGUCCAAGUGGCAGGUGGAGAUCAUCAAGGCCUCGCAGCUGCUGUGCGCCAAGAUGAUGUCCCUGCAGGCUGAGAACGAAAAACUAAAGCAGAGCAGCGAAAAGCCAGACACUGGAAUCGAUCGGGAACGAUGGCUGGAGAGGAUUCAGGAACUGGACCGAUUGGCCAGAACGGUGAAGCAGCAGAGGAGCCAUUUGGAUGUGGAGCGUCUGCUGAAGAAGUUAAAUGCCAUCGAACAGCUGGCAGCCACUGUCAAAAAGGAACAGAAACUGGAGAAGGAGCAGCAGAGGAUUGAGAUCCCUUCCAGCAACCUGAAUGAGAGCCUUUUCCGGGCCAAACUUAAUCAAAUGCAAAACCUCGUCCAAGUCAUCGCAGAGGAGCGCAAUAACCAACAGAGGCAACUACAGGAUCUGGAGGCCAUUUGCAUAGAACUGCGCCAACACAACGAGGACCUACUCUCCCGAUUCCACCUCAAGGAGCAGGAGCAUGGUGAGCUGCUCACAGAAAUGCGCGAACUAAACGAGGCGCUGAAGGGACGCGGUGAUGCCAUCUCCCGCCUUCAGGAGCAGCACGAAGCGGAGGUCAAGCGACAGCGCGAUUUGGAGGCCCAACUCUCCAGCAGUCAGCAGGCGGCGCAGGAAAAGUUACAGAAGAUUAAACAACUUCAAAAUCGUGUUGAGGAACUGGAACAGGCCAAUGCCGAUGCCCAGAGUGAUGUCAUGUCCACAUCCACGAUUUCACGAGCCGACGAAUUGAACCGGCUGCGCGAACUGGACGAGGGCUACGAGGAGAAGUACCACAAACUGCGAGCCAUUGCUGCCAAGCUCAAGAAGAAGCUGCAGGAGCAGACGCAGCAACUGAAGGAGAUGGAACAGAGCGGAGCCUUGAAGCAGGAGUUGGAGGCUGUGAAAAUGGCCCAGGUGCAACUGCAGCAGGAUCUAAAUGCCGCCCGAGCUGAGAACCAGAAGCUCAGGUCCAAGGAGAAAGUAAAACCAUCUAGUGUCCUCAAUCUGGAGAUCGAAGCGGCCGAAAAAUCUCUUACCGAAGUCAGUGCCAAACUGGCGGCCAAGAGCAGCGAACUGGAUGCCGUCCGAGAAUCGCUGGCCAGCAAGGAGAACACCAUCGUCCAGCUGCGCAAGGAGAUCGCCAUUCUGGAGCAGGCCAAAAACGGAGAGGCGACUCAUUCUCUGGAGCUCAAAGAGCAAAUCGAUCGCAUGCAGGUCCAGGUGAAGGAUGCUGUUCACGGCAAACAGCAGGCACUCACGCAGAACAAGGAUUUGGAGCAGGCGGUUGAGCGGGUCAAGCUGGAGGCGGAGCAACUGCGUCUUCAGCUGGCGGAGAGCGCCCAGCAGUACGAAACCAGGCUAAGCACAGCCACCCAACAGCUGACCACGCGAACAGAGGAGCUGGAGGUGCACUUGGCGGAGCAAAAGCGAUUGGAGACGGCGCUCCGGAAUGCGGAACGGGCGCAGGAGGAUCUGCGAGUAGAGUACACCGAGUACAAGAUAAAAGCACAGUCGGUGCUGCGCAAAAACCAAAGCAAGGGCUCCAACCGAGAACAGGAACUGGAGGAAGAAUUGCUCGUGCUUCGCGAGAGUGAACGCAACCUGCGCGCCAGCAACGAUGGAAGAGCUGCUCGCCUGGCGCAAAUGGAUAGCCAAGUAGAAGCAUUGCGACAAGACAACGCUGAUCUGCAGAAACGCAGCAAAGAGCUUCUCACACUGGUAGACGAAUUGCGCCAGCAAAACGACCUGCUUUCGCUGGAAAACCAACGCCAGUUGCAAUUCCAACACGACCUAAUGCAGCAGCAUCGCCAGCAAGUUGAUCAACUGGACGCCGGCCAUCAGUUGCAACUAAAACAGGUGCAACAACAGUUGGAGGAGGCGGAGCAGAAGCAGAUUAACGUGUCCCAACAUAGCGCCACUUCGGCCGCCAGUGGAGAGCCGAGUCCAGAACAGGCAAAGAUCGAUUACCUGCUCAUGGACCACGAAUCGAGUUCGGAAAACCAUGCUGGCCACGAUGCCUCCCUGGCGCAAUUGGCCGCCCAGCGAAAGAUCUCCACUGCCUCGAGACGUUCCCACGACUUUAUGCCGCUCGACGAGCUGCUCAACACUUCCAUGAACCAAAUAACCAGCGACACCGUAACCACCAUCACGAAUUUCGGCCGCAGCGUCUCUCAGCAGGAGGAUGAGGAAGCGGAAAUGACCGCCGUCCAGAGUGCCCAACUGCAGGCCACAAAGGAGCAGCUGGGUAAACAGGAAAGUCGCAUCAAGCACUUGACUUCCCUGCUGGCUGAGAACGAGCAGGAUUUGGCCAAACUGACGCAGAUGAACGAUAUGCUCAAGGAGGAAUUGCGACGGCAAGAACGCUCAGAGGAGCGGGAACACCACAUGCACAACUCCGAGUAUUUGAAGAACGUUUUCUUAAAGUUCCUUACACUUAACAAUGUGGACGAGCGCCAGCGUUUGGUUCCGGUGCUGAAUACCAUCCUCCGUUUAAGUCGCAACGAAAUGGAGAUGCUCAAUUGUGUGGCCAAAGGACAGAAGGUGUCUCCAGAUGGCAGCAGUCGCAGCUGGACGGGAUUCCUUACCGCGUGGAGUGGAGGAGGCAGCCCCAACAACAAUUAG